AUGGGACUAUUGACCAUUGUAAAGAAGCAGAAACUGAGGGACAAAGAGAUCCGAUGCCUUAUCCUAGGUUUAGAUAAUGCUGGUAAAUCCACUAUAGUAAACCAAUUACUUCCUCAAGAGAGAAGACAACACCAUGUGUCGCCGACGGUGGGAUUUGCCAUACACAACGUAGAAAUGGGGCCCUACAACGUCUCCAUGUGGGACGUUGGUGGUCAAACUACACUGAGACCUUUCUGGGAUAACUACUACGAUACAACGGAUGUGCUGGUUUGGUGUAUAGACGUCAGUUCUUCGCAUCGACUGCCUGAAUCAUUGCAAGAGCUACAACCGUUCCUGAUGGGUGACUCAAGAGUCAUAAUUGCAUUCAACAAAUGUGAUUUAUUGGAGGACUACCAAUCGGAACUCCUACAAUUACAGAACCAAUUGCCCAAGGUUCAAUUCGUGCCCUGUAGUGGCAGAACCGGUAUGGGUAUGCGGGAACUGUGUUCCGCGAUCGCUUCUUGCAGUAUAUAA